AAAAUCGGAUCUGAGCAAAGACUCGUCGGAAUUCAUCGGCGCUUAAACCCGGACAGACUGUCUCUUCUUCUCUCGUUGAAAACCCUAAAACGCCCCGGAGACCGGCGACUCUUUCAAGGAAGAGCUUCUCACGAACUAGAAAAAUCUUUCGUUUUUCUUCCCCUGUAGAUCUCUUCCUAUCUGUUUCACGUUUAUUUGUAUCAAUUUAUACUCGACAUUGGGCGCCUCGCGCGCGCUUUUUCCACCCAUCAGUGGCGGCGGCGUCGGCGUUCGUGGAGAGCUGAAAAGCUUAUCUUUUUUCUCUAUUUUUAUUCAUCGACGAAUCCUUUAGAUGGAUUUGAGUAUGACAUAGGGAUCUAAGGAUACUCAUGGCCUCCAAAGGUCCCAGGUCUAAGCUUGACCAUGAAACGCGAGCCAGGCGGCAGAAAGCGCUUGAAGCUCCAAAAGAACCUCGGCGUCCUAAAACACAUUGGGAUCAUGUUUUGGAGGAGAUGGUUUGGUUGUCAAAGGACUUUGAGUCAGAGAGAAAGUGGAAAUUGGCACAGGCAAAGAAGGUUGCAAUCAGAGCCAGCAAGGGUAUGUUGGAGCAGGCUACAAGAGGAGAGAAGAGAGUGAAGGAAGAAGAGCAUAGGUUGAAAAAAGUUGCACUCAACAUUUCUAAAGACGUGAAGAAAUUUUGGUUGAAAAUAGAGAAGCUGGUUCUUUACAAGCAUCAGUUGGAGCUUGAUGAGAAGAAGAAAAAGGCACUUGAUAAACAACUUGAGUUCCUCCUUGGGCAAACCGAAAGGUACUCAACAAUGCUGGCAGAGAACCUUGUUAGCUCUCCAGGUCAUUGCAAAUUGGACUCGAGUUCACCGCAAGAACGAAUGAGGAUCGAGUACAAAGAAGGUGACUAUGACAGGGGAAGUGCUGAACCGAAUAUUGAAUCUCAAUCAAAUGGACCAGAUAUAGAUGGGGAUUAUGAUAUGGACUCUGAGGAUGAAUCGGAAGAUGAUGAGCAUACUAUUGAGCAGGAUGAGGCUCUCAUAACCAAAGAAGAAAGGGAAGAAGAAUUAGCAGCUUUACAAGAUGAAAUAGAUCUUCCUCUGGAGGAGCUUCUUAAACGCUAUGAGGAGAGAGUCAGCAGAAAAGCUAGUCCAGAGCAAACCGCUGUUGCUACUGGAGCUAAUGGGCCAGUUGAAAAUGGCAAAGAGAACGAAAUUGGUACUGUGUCAGCAAAUGGUAGAAGCAGCUCACCAGUAUCUCCUGGUCGUCGUUGUGUUGGGAGUAAUGGCUUUUUACACAAUUCCAACAAUCACUUUUUGGAUGUUCAAGUGCACAGAGUAAGAACUCCAAAUAAAUUUCAAGACUGGGAGAAACAGUGCAUUUUGGAUGAUUAUAGUGAUGAACAGGAUGAUGAAGAUUUUGACAUUGGUACAGGAGAGGAAAAAGACGAUUUUAUGGAUGAUGAGACAACCCUGUUAGAAGAGGAAGAACUAGCCAAGGCGGAACCCAAUGAUGCCCCAAAUGAGAUUGCGCUAUUGCAGAAAGAGAGUGAAAUUCCUAUAGAAGAUCUGCUUGCAAGGUAUAAAAAGGACUGGGACUCUGAGAAAGAUGAGCAUGAUGACACUGGAUCUGAAUAUGCUUCUGCUUCUGAGAAUUUUAUGGAUUCACCUGAACCCAAGGAUCGUGAGUUGAAGGAGCUUAAAGUAUCUUUAAACAGAGAAGAUAAUUUUAGUGCAUUUCAGCCUGCUGCUUGCUCUGAGGUAGAAGAACCAGAAACUGAAUAUGUAGCAAAAGCUGGAGAAGAGGGCGAAAGUGCAGACAUAAUUGCUGAUGCAGCUGCUGCUGCUAGAUCGGCACAACCCACGGGUAAUACAUUCUCAACAACGAAAGUGCGUACGAAAUUCCCUUUUCUUCUCAAGUAUCCUCUUCGUGAGUAUCAACAUAUUGGCUUGGACUGGCUUGUUACCAUGUAUGAGAAGAAACUUAAUGGGAUUUUGGCUGAUGAGAUGGGCUUGGGAAAGACUAUUAUGACAAUUGCUCUGCUAGCUCACCUAGCAUGUGAGAAGGGGAUAUGGGGCCCUCAUCUCAUUGUUGUUCCAACUAGCGUCAUGCUCAAUUGGGAAACGGAGUUUCUUAAAUGGUGUCCUGCUUUCAAAAUAUUGACGUAUUUUGGAAGUGCUAAAGAGCGAAGAAUAAAGAGGCAAGGGUGGUUAAAACCAAAUUCUUUUCAUGUUUGUAUAACAACUUACAGACUUGUUAUACAGGACGCUAAAGUUUUCAAGCGGAAGAAGUGGAAAUACUUGAUUUUAGAUGAAGCUCAUCUGAUAAAAAAUUGGAAGUCACAAAGAUGGCAGACGCUUUUGAAUUUCAACUCAAAACGGCGCAUUCUUUUAACUGGUACCCCCUUGCAGAAUGAUCUUAUGGAAUUAUGGUCUUUAAUGCAUUUCUUGAUGCCCCACAUUUUUCAAUCUCAUCAAGAAUUUAAGGACUGGUUUAGUAAUCCCAUAUCUGGGAUGGUUGAGGGACAAGAAAAAGUUAAUAAAGAGGUUGUCGAUCGGUUGCACAAUGUUCUUCGACCCUUUAUAUUACGUCGGUUGAAGAGGGAUGUAGAGAAGCAGCUUCCAAUGAAGUAUGAACAUGUCAUCUAUUGUAGACUGUCAAAGAGGCAGCGGAACUUGUAUGAGGAUUUCAUUGCUAGCUCAGAGACCCAAGCAACCCUUGCUAGUUCAAAUUUUUUUGGGAUGAUUAGUGUCAUAAUGCAACUUCGCAAAGUUUGCAACCAUCCUGAUUUAUUUGAAGGCCGUCCAAUUGUCAGUUCCUUUGAUAUGACUGGCAUUGAUCUGCAGUUAAGCUCAUCUGUUUGUGCAAUGCUUACACCUCGCCCAUUUUCCACGGUGGACCUUGGUGAUUUAGGGCUUUCAUUUACACAUCUGGAUAACUGCAUGUCAUCUUGGGAGAGUGAAGAUAUUCAAGCUAUUGCUACCCCCUCAAGCUUGAUUGAGGGUCGUGUUAACCAAGUUUGUGGAGAAGUUGGGCAUGCUUAUAAGCAUAAGAAGUUUCAUGGGAUGAACAUUUUUGAGGAGAUCCAGAAGGCACUUACGAAGGAGAGACAGAGAGAAGCAAAGGAGCGGGCAGCAUCUAUUGCUUGGUGGAAUUCUUUAAGGUGCAGGAGGAAACCUAUUUACUCAACAGGUUUACAGGAACUUGUCACCAUAAAAAAUCCUGUCUAUGCAAUUCAUGAUCAGAAGUCUAAUCCCUUGUCUUACUCAUAUUCAUCGAAGCUGGCUGACAUUGUACUAUCACCUGUUGAACGAUUUCAUAAAAUGGUUGAUCAGGUGGAGAGUUUCAUGUUUGCUAUCCCUGCUGCCCGUGCACCAACCCCAGAUUGCUGGUGCAGUAAAGGUGGAAGUUCUGUGUUUAUUCAACCGACUUUCAAGGAAAGAUGCUCGGAGGUUCUGUCUCCUCUUCUCACUCCUUUGCGGCCUGCAGUUGUCCGAAGGCAAGUCUAUUUCCCUGAUAGACGUCUUAUACAGUUUGACUGUGGCAAGUUGCAGGAGCUUGCACUUUUGCUUAGGCGUCUAAAAUUAGAAGGUCACAGGGCAUUAAUUUUUACCCAGAUGACAAAGAUGCUUGAUGUUUUGGAGGCUUUCAUUAACUUGUAUGGUUACACAUACAUGCGUUUAGAUGGCUCUACUCAGCCAGAAGAGAGGCAAACAUUGAUGCAGCGGUUCAACACUAAUCCAAAAAUUUUCCUCUUCAUUUUAUCAACCCGUAGUGGUGGUGUCGGCAUUAACUUAGUCGGGGCAGAUACAGUUAUCUUUUAUGAUAGCGACUGGAAUCCUGCUAUGGAUCAACAGGCUCAAGAUCGUUGUCAUAGAAUAGGACAGACACGUGAAGUACACAUAUAUCGGUUAAUCAGCGAGAGCACCAUUGAAGAAAAUAUAUUAAAGAAGGCAAAUCAGAAACGUGUUCUCGAUGAUUUGGUUAUCCAGAGUGGGGGUUAUAACACUGAAUUUUUUAAAAAGCUGGAUCCAAUGGAACUGUUUACUGGCCAUCAAAAAAUUUCAGUAGAGAACGAGCAAAAGGAGGACAAUUGCAAUGAAAGUUCUGAGGUUCCUCUCUCUAAUGCUGAUGUUGAGGCAGCUCUGAAAUAUGCUGAAGAUGAAGCAGACUACAUGGCACUGAAGAAGGUUGAACAGGAAGAGGCUGUGGAGAAUCAAGAAUUUACUGAAGAAGCUAUUGGGAGAUUGGAAGAAGAAGAAUUUGGCAAUGAGGAGGACCUAAAGACUGAUGAGCCUGCUGAGCAUGAUGGCCAGGUUACGGCAUCAAAUAAAGACAGUGUGGCAGCAUUGAAUGUUGAAGGACCAGUUGAAGGUGGAUCCAUCACCUUUGCUGGUAAGGAAGAUGAUUUUGAUAUGCUCGCUGAUGUCAAAGAGAUGGCUGCAGCUGCUGCUGCAUCAGGACAAACAAUUUUGUCCUUUGAGAAUCAGCUACGUCCAAUUGACCGCUAUGCAAUACGCUUUAUGGAGUUGUGGGACCCAAUCAUAGAUAAGACAGCAACACAAUCACAAGUGCAGUUUGAGGAAAAGGAGUGGGAGCUGGAUCGCAUUGAAAAGUUGAAGGAAGACAUGGAAGCUGAUAUUGAGGAUGAUGAAGAACCUUUUGUAUAUGAAAGUUGGGAUGCUGAUUUUGCAACUGAGGUGUAUCGUCAGCAAGUUGAGGCUUUGACCCAGCAUCAGUUGAUGGAAGAACUGGAAGCUGAAGCUAAAGAGAAGGAACUUGCAGAAUAUGGGUAUUCUGAUUCCGUGAGAAAUCAGAUAUCAACUGUUCGUAAACCCAAGUCAAAGAAAAAGACAAAGAAAGCCAAGUUCAAAUCUCUGAAGAAAGGAGCUUUAGCUUCUGAGUUCAAAGCCGUUAAGGAGGAGUCAGCGAUGGAACUGAUGUCUAUUGAUGGAGAAUCUCUGUAUGAUGAUGAAAUGACUUCCUCUGGUGAUGUGUCUCCGUGUCGAAGGCUGGAGAAGAAACGUAAACAAGCACCAUGGGUUGAUGAAGAGAGAAGCACAAAGAAGUCCAAGAAGUUUAAGAAGGCUCCUGAGAUGUGCUCCUCUGUUUUAGACUCCAACAUGCUGGGAAAGCUGCAGAAUGAUACCAAAUAUUCUAGGCAAUGUGAGAGUAGAGUAGUUGAUGUUGAACUUAAGUCUGUGAGCAGGAUGGAGAAUAUUCUGUUUGAUUUUAAUUUAUUACCUCUGGAACUGGGGUUUUAUAUUUAA